CGUCCAAACUUUAAUCACGGGAUUUAAGGAGUACUCCGUAAUUCACUAAUCCUUUUUUAAAAGUGCUCCCUGCAUUUUCGGUCUUUCCUUCAUGUGAGAGACUUUGACUCUAUUCCAGAGUGAGUGACUUUGAGUCUUUUGUGUACGUUUUUUUGGCGCUAAAUGCUCUAGCGUCUGUCUUCCUCUUCUCCAGUUCUUAGGGUUCUUUUCACACAUAGGCUUAUGGAUCUUCGAUUCACUGGGCUCCCUGGCUCCGUGAGCACAUUCAAGCAGCAAGAUGAGUUCCUUUGUUCUAGCUUUCAACGAUCUGAAGAUGCUGCUUAUUACACUCACUUGGACGGCUCUUUAGCUCUGGAUUCCAUGGGUGACCCUUUGGCUGCGCCUGUUUCCAACCACGAGGCAGACCCUGUUUUCAAGUACCUCAACCAGAUACUAUUGGAGGACGACAUCGAUGAUAAGCCCCCUAUGUCCUAUGAUCCAACUGCUCUUGAAGCCGCGGAGAAAUACUUCUAUGAAGCCCUUGAUGAGAAGAACCAUCCUUCACCUCUUCACUCUCUGGGUAGCCAUAAACAACAAAGCUCGGAUAGAAUAUAUGUGAAUUCUAGUGAACUCUAUUCGAGCAAUGGUUCCACCAGUAGCAAUCACAGUGACCCGCCUCAGCGAAUUGUCGAUCAUGGACAAUCUAUGUCACCUUUAGUGGGCUGUCCUCCUGAGCCAUAUUUCCAUUCUUUGCUACCCACUUCUGAGACUUCAAAUGGCUCUUUAUAUAGCAAUGGGAGUAGUACGAACCUCCAAGUGGACUCUCUGUGCACAAUGCAGUUCAAGAGAGGAACGGAGGAAGCUAAUAAAUUCAUCCUCACUAGUAAUCAACUGGCUUUUGAUUUAGACUCAUUGCCUCCAAAGAUGGAUGAGAGGCCUGAUGAUACAAUCACCGAGCUAGAGAAUAAUGAUAUGGAGAGUUCACUUACAACUUCUGCAAGCAGAAAGAAGCAUCACCAUCAGGAUGACAAGAAGUUUGAGGGAGAGAGGAGCAGCAAGCAGUCUGCAGUUUAUGGGGAAGAGGAGUUAUCAGAGAUGUUUGAUAAAGUUUUGUUGUGCGAUCCUGUUGAGUGUCCCAUGAAUGUUUUAUCUGAAGUUGGCAAUGGCCGGUUACAUAAUGUUCCCAAUGGUGGGGAUAUUCCACUCUCCUCUGAAGCUGGAAAGAGCAAUUCACACAAUGGACGCAAACGCCGUGGGAAGAGGCUGCAGGGUGAUGAAACAAGUGAACGUGUAGACGUAAGGACCCUUUUAAUCAGCUGCGCACAAUCAGUUGGUGCUAGUGAUUGCACGACUGCAAAAAAACAUUUAAAAGAGCUCCGGGAGCAUUGUUCCCCUACUGGUGAUGCGAAUCAGAGGCUGGCAUAUGUAUUUGCUAAUUGUCUUGAGGCACGCUUGGCUGGCACGGGGUCUCAGAUCCAUAGAUCUCUAGCCUCUAAAACGUACACAGCUUUGGAGACGUUGAAAGCUUACCGGGCAUACAUGUCAGCAUGCCCGUUUAAGACGAUAACAAUAGCAUAUGCAAAUGAAAUGAUUUACAUGGUUUCGCUGGAAGCUAAAGUGCUACAUCUUAUAGAUUUUGGCAUUUUGUAUGGUUUCCAAUGGCCUGCCCUAAUCCAACUACUGUCUACCAGGCCGGGUGGACCUCCUAAACUUCGCAUUACAGGAAUAGGUCUUCCCCAACCGCGCUUUCAGCCAGGAGAAUUGAUAGAAGAGACCGGACGGCGCCUGGCAAAGUAUUGCGAGCGUUUUGGCGUGCCAUUUGAGUACAAUGCCAUAGCGGCUCGAAAUUGGGAGGCAAUUAAAAUUGAAGAUUUCAAGCUUAGUGAAAAUAGUGACGAGACGGUUGCAGUAAACUGCAUGUUUUGGCUAAAAGGCCUGGCUGAUGAAACAGUGAGGGUGGACAGUCCUCGUGAUGCAGGUUUACGCCUAAUCCUCAAACUGAAACCGAGUAUUUUUGUGCACGCCAUUGAGAAUGGAUCUUUCAAUUCUCCAUUCUUUGUGACUCGGUUCCGUGAGGCCCUCUUCCACUACUCUGCAUAUUUUGAUAUUUUUGACAGUACAUUGCCCCGUGAUACUCUGCAGAGGUUUCUUCUUGAGCAAAAUUUCUACGGGCGAGAGUCGUUGAAUGUGAUUGCAUGCGAGGGAGAAGAGAGGGUUGUGAGGCCCGAGACGUACAGGCAGUGGCAUGGGAGGAGCAUGAGAGCUGGGUUCAAGCCUCUUCCACUGAACUCUGAGUUCAUGAACAAGUUUAGGAAAACGGUGGAGGCAGGGUACCACCCAGAGUUUGUGUUUGGUGGAGAUGGUGUUUGGAUGCUGCAGGGAUGGAAGGGGAAGGUUCUUUGCGCUAGCUCCUCUUGGGUGCCUGCAUAGAACUCUCCCGUUGUUCCACGUAAACAACAACAGGCACUCACUUCCAAUCCCGCGGUGGAUUUCACGAAAAACAAAACAAUCAAUCGAAAGAUAUGAAUGUUGUAAGAUUUGCUGCAUAACCGAAUUGUUUUGCGAAUAAGGACAGUGACAUUUA